AUAUGGGAAUCCUAGGCUUGCAGUGGGAAAUUUUUGUGAAAGUAUACUUUUUGCUUUCAUUAUGCAAUAAGUCAUACGAAGUGGUUGUGCAUACAAAAUGGGGACCUGUUAGAGGAUAUGAGUUAGAAAAUGAACCUAAUGUUUACGCUUUCAGAAAUAUACCAUAUGCAAAACAGCCGGUAGGAGAUCUGAGGUUUGAGCUUCCAAGGGAAGUUGAGCCAUGGAGUUCGAAAGAUGAAUUGAACCAAAGGAAAAAAAUCCACUGUCCCCAGUUUUCAAGCGAUAUUGGAGAAAAAGUACUUGGCCAAGAAAAUUGCCUUUUUUUGGAUAUAUACAGUAAUAAGGCAGAGAAACUCGAAUCCUGUUGCUUUCCAGUUUUGGUGUAUUUUCAUGGUGGGAAAUUUUCUAGAGGCAGUAAAGAAGAAUAUGGCAGCGAUUUUCUCUUGAAAUAUAAUAAAUUUAUACUUGUGAUGCCUAAUUACAGGUUGGGAAUUUUAGGUUUCUUGAGCACUCAAGAUUCUAUUCUUCCUGGAAAUUUAGGACUGUGGGACCAAAGAAUGGCUUUAAAGUGGGUUGCAGAAACUAUUCAAGCUUUCGGAGGAGAUCCACAUCAGAUUACUAUUGCAGGACAUGGUGCAGGUGGAGCGUCUGUUGGAUUUCACAUCUUGUCACCACUUUCUCACAAUUACUUCUCUGCCGCAAUAUCAAGCAGCGGGACAGCUUUAGAUCCAUGGGUCAUGACUAAUGAGCCUUCUCCAUCUGCAAUAGAAGUAGCCAAAGGUUUAAAGUGUCUGUCUAAUUCCAGUAAUGAUCUAGUAACCUGUUUGAAACAUCAUCAUCUGGAAGAUAUAUUGCAGGUUCAAGAAAAGUUAAAACAUGUAACAUUUUUGCCUGUUAAAGAUGAGACAGCUGAAGUUCCGUUCAUUCCCGCUGAUCCUCGUAUACUGUAUGAGAAAGGGUACCAGAAGAAUGUUAGCUAUCUGGCUGGUGUGACGGAAAACAGAGCAGCUCUUCAAGUUUCUC